ACGCCGCCUGCCUGGCUCUGCUGCUUGGCUGCCUGGUCCUACGCGGGCCUCCCGCGCGGGCCGAGGAGACGGAGGAGGAGGAGGAGGCGGCAGGCGAGGAGACGGACCCGCAUUCGCGGCACCUCUACAACGCCGAGAUGCUGCGCCAUGGCGCCCAGAGCGCACCGCACUUCGUCAUGUUCUUCGCCCCGUGGUGUGGGCACUGUCAGCGUCUGCAGCCAACUUGGAAUGAUCUUGCAGACAAGUACAACAACAUGGAAAAUCCACAGCUCUAUGUUGUGAAAGUGGACUGCACUGCAGAUACUCCACUGUGUUCUGAAUUCGGUGUCAGAGGAUACCCAACCCUAAAACUACUUAGACCAGGCCGAGAAGCUGCAAAAUACCAGGGACCUAGAGACUUCCAGUCACUGGAGAACUGGAUGUUGGAGACACUAAAGGAGGAAUCUACUGAGCAAGAAUCUGAAUUGGAGCCUGCAAAAGCGCCUGAACCAAAGCAGGGCCUGUAUGAGCUCUCAGCAGCUAAUUUUAAGCUGCAUAUCGCGGAAGGCAAUCACUUUAUCAAAUUCUUUGCCCCUUGGUGUGGCCACUGCAAGGCAUUGGCACCAACGUGGGAACAGCUGGCUCUACUCCAUGAAAAUUCAGAGACUGUCAAGAUUGGCAAGGUGGACUGCACACAACAUUAUGAAGUCUGCUCAGCAAACCAAGUGCGUGGUUAUCCAACCCUCCUUUGGUUCAGAGGUGGAGAAAAGGCUGACCAAUAUAAAGGAAAGAGAGAUUUGGACUCUUUGAAAGAAUACAUAGAUUCCCAAUUAAAAAACUCUGAAGACGCCCCAGAAGAUGCAACGCCCACCGAAGCACCGACACCGCCUGGAGAAAUAGCUCCUGAGGAUGAGGGCGAGGUCGUUGACCUCUCUGAAAAAGACUUUGAUCAAGAAGUUGCCAAAGGGAUCACUUUCAUCAAGUUCUAUGCUCCAUGGUGUGGUCAUUGUAAAAACCUGGCUCCCACUUGGGAGAACCUCUCAAAAAAGAACUUUCCAGCACCAAUGGAUGUCAAGAUAGCAAAAGUAGACUGCACCACUGAACGCAAUGUCUGCAACAGAUUUUCUGUCCGUGGGUACCCAACACUGAUGCUUUUCCGUGGUGGGGAGAAAGUGAGUGAACAUACUGGAGCCAGAGAUCUCGAAACACUGCAUAACUUUGUCCUGGGGCAAGCAAAGGAUGAACUGUAAAAAAUGUACCUGCUUGGAUACUGCUUCUCUUAGCUGUGUCUGUCCAGUAAACAUGGGAGUUCAAUCGUGGUAACGUUA